AUGUUUCACAGAUCAGUAUACUCCACGCUUCUACUGUUCAAAGUACGAGCUGUUGUACCAAACACAUUGCUCAAAUCAUUCACUACAACUUCCCAGCGCCUAAUACAGAACCCAUUUAACGCCAAAUCUUUUAAAUCUAAUGAUUCCAAUGUCGAUACCGAUGAAUUGAUUAGUGAAAAUAAUCCUUGGUCACCUACUUUGGAAGAUGAUCCAAUAUAUGUGCAAGAAAGACACAAAAUUUCCAAGACUAAAUUACCUGAAUGUUAUAGACUAUCAUACAAUCCAAUAUAUGAAGCACCAGCAGCUAAAUAUGUUUCCAUAUUGAAAAGAUUAACUCUAAGUUUUGGCGUUGUUGGUUUAUAUGGAUCCAAAUUGAUUUAUGAAUCGACUCAAUUUGAUGAUUCAUUUGCAUAUACAUUAUUGGCUGGUACUAUAAUACCAAUCAUUUUAGUUCAAUGGAAGACCAAAGACUAUGUUACUAGAAUAUUCAGACUAUACAAUAAAGAAGUUCCUCAGACAUUGGAUAAUUUGAUCAAAGAUGAAAACUUGAUUAUGGAAAAAUUGAAUUUCACUGGUGGAAAGACGUAUAACGAGUUGUUAAAGAUUACUGAGAACAAAUCAUUAGUGAUUUCACCCCAACACAAGUUUUGGAAACCGUAUACUACAUGGGAGGAAAAGAGCGACAAAGAUGGAUCUAGAAGGGAGUUUUAUAUUGUUGAUGACAUUGGUGGUAUUAAAAUGGAUAGGCUAUGGGGAAUUGUUGAAAAAAACAGUGGCAUCAACAAUGGAAGAUCGUUUUUUGAGUAA